CCCCACUCUAGUUGUCACAAGAUUGCCAUCGGGUUUACUGUUAUCACUGCACCGGCAGGAAAGGGAUCUUUUCGUGGACGAGACUUCUUCAAGCUGGGUCGCAUCGAAUUGCAAUGCGAAAUAGCAACAAAUCAAUUCAUUGUGGUCGAACCUGAGAUCGACACCUCAUCGGAUUUGCUAGCGAAUGAAGAUACACCCAGUCCGUCCUCGUCGGUUGCAACACCAAACGCAUUGUCGGCUGAGGCCAUGGAGAUCGACUCGCGUGCACCAUCUGUGGAGCAUGCAGAUCAAUUUCGCGGUCGGUACGAGCAAUCUCAGGAUCGUGACAUAUUACAACAGCAACCGUUGCAGCCUAUCGAAGGCAGCAGGCAGUCAGUAAUAGCACCACCGUCCAGGCACUCCCCUUCGAUACGAGAUUCUCCAUACGUCGUGACGAAAGAUAUGACAAAAGGUUCACUGCAGUCGUCUUCAUCCUAUCAUCAAGGGGCUCAUGGGUCUCGUAGAGGACCUGACGUUGACUCAACGAGCGAAAAGCCUCAAACAAACGGCCAUCAGUACCCUCGUUUACCACAGGAUGUCGGUAUAGACGCUAUGGCGCGUCUACAGACGCAGAUGUCUCAAAAUAGUGGUGCCUUAGCUGCGCACACUCGCGACAUAAGAAUCGGCCAGGAGGCGGUUGGAGCAAUGGAAGAAACAAUCAGAGAAUUUCAGGCCAAGUUCAUUCGACAAAGUGCCGAUAUCCAAAGAAUCGAGAUGCUGGCUACGAGGCUCCAGAGCGAGAUGCAGGGCAUCCGCCAUACGAUGGAAUCCAUUACCCAUGAGUUACAGGCAAGUCGGAUGCAGAGACAGUCAGCUAACUCGGCUGUGCCUCCUGCGGCCCCGUCUUUUGCGGCUCAAAGUUCAGCAAUGGAGCUUCUCGCGCGGCAGUUGAAUGAAGUGUCGCAUAAGACGAGUGACCUAGACAACUUGAAGCUCCAUGUCGAAAUCAUGAAGGAUAAGAUCUAUCGACUCGAAGAGCGCGCCGCACCCGAGCCUUCACAAGCACCGCCAUCUAUGUAUCAGACGCCACAAGUAUCAGUGGCGCAGCCUUCUCAACCUGCUCCUACCGCCGCUACAUCACACCAAAGUACACCAACAUUGACGCCGAGUAACAGAGCAUCUCAACCCAUAUCUAAUGCUCAGUCUCAGCAGUCUUCAUUCGGAGCUCCUUCGACAACGGCUGCCACACCGGGUGUCCAGCCUACAAGUAGCCAGGCUAGUGGAUGGGCUACUGUUAAUGCAGGUGUGAAACGGACCCAUCAGAAUGGCGUUGAGACUCCCCAGGGAAGCAAUGUUCAUGCGCCCGAACCUACCAAAAGGCAGAGAUUAGUGGACGAUGGUACUUCGGGCUACACAUCUUCACAGCAAACACCUAUGACAGACCAUCGCUUCCAAACAUCUACGCAUAUAAUACCAUCUCAGCAAACUGUUCCCGAAUCAACGCAUGGAUCGCAAUCGCAACAAUCAUACCACGUCCCAUACGCCACACAAGAUGGUCCUUCGGACGCCAGUUGGCAACCCGAAUCUCAGCGCACGAUCGAGCAUCGACCGCGUGGGCGUCCACGUGGUAGCGGGGGUCCUGGAAGCCGAGGAGGUAGAGGUAGAAAGAGCAUGCCAGCCCAGCUCCACAGUACACUCGGAACACCUGAAUGGGAAAGGGAUGAUUGGCAAGGUGUUCCCGAUUCGCAGACCAGUCCAGCUGGAUACUACAACCACGUAGGGCAACCAGGACGUGGAGGCAUUGCACGCCGCGGCAGUGGUGGCGGUGGUCGUGGCGGCUACGCAACCAGCGACCGUGCUAGCAGUCUAGGUCUACAAGGUGUGACUGGUGCUAUGAGCUUUGGAUCGCCCGGCGACCCAUAUGGGUCGGGAAAGAAGACGCGCACCAAACCCAUUAGGAACGCAGAUGGCGUGUUGAUACGCAAAGAUGGCCGGCCAGAUAUGCGUUCGCAAUCUUCUGCGGCUAAUCUCCGCAAAGUACACGAGCGCAAAGACGGUCAAGCAAACACACCAAGCCCAAGUGGCUACGCUGCCGACCCAAGCGCGACCGAUAAACACAACGCAAUAAUGGGUAAGAUGUUUCCUGAUGGUAUCGACGCAGCGCGAAGGAAACAAGACUAUACACGUCAAGUUUUUGAAGAGAAUCGCGAUCAUACCGCGCAUCCACGAUCGCGGAACAGUGGCCCGGCAACGAGGACGGCGGUUCAGAUUAAGAAGGAGCAAGUCGACCGGAACAGAAUUUCUAGGACGCGAAGUCCGCAAGAGCAAGACGCAGACGUAGAUAUGGAUGGAGCUGAGGAUCAUGCGGAUGAUGAGCGUCAGACAUCUGAUGAGAGUAGCAGUCAUGUCAGAGGUGGUGUGCAGUCGGAAGUUCAGACUCAGGAUGCGACUAUGCAGGAGAAUAGCAGCACCCAAGCUCCUUCACAGACUGUUCUAGAAACGCAGGCCGUCGAUAGCUCGGUUACGAUUGGAGCGGAGUCUACCCAGACUCAGUAA